AUGAUCCGAAAAAGACAAGACAAGAAUCAGCAAGAAACAUAUUCUUCAUCCGAUUCUGAUUUGUCGAGUGAACGUGAGAGAAUUCCACAAAACUACCACUCUCGUUCUCCAAAUUGCGAUGAAUACUCAUCAUUGAGUGAUGAUGAUGAUGGUGAAAAGGAUCACUAUUCAACGCCGCCUAGAGACACUCACUCGGAAAGUCCAAAAAGCAAAAAGUUAAAAACAUUUCAUCAUGGGUCUACUACUUCUUGCUCUUCGGAUUCCAACACGGUAUUUUAUGAAGAGGUAUAUCCAUCAAAAAACAGUCAUCCUUUUCAAUCCAGCCAAGAUGAAGAUAAAAAGGAAGAGAAGACUCUUGUACCAGACCGAGUGGAAACAUCUCCUUUUUAUAUUGAAUGGAUAAGUCUUUCUUCCAACAAGAAUUCUUAUCAAUCAAAAAUUUCAUAUUUUGCAAAUUUCACACUGAAGAAUGAGGUGUGUGAGAACAUGUAUACAAUUGUCGUCGAUGGAAGAAGAGCUCAUAAGAAUGAAAAACAACAACAAAUCAAAUAUGUAUUUUAUUUCGGUUCAUUAUUAGUCGUGGUGAAUGAAGAAUUAGAAAUUUUUGCUGCGAAAAUGCCUUCGAGUGAAAUAGUGAUCAAGCCACCUCCUGCAAUGUCAAGACCAAUGACAAAAGCAGAGAUAUAUCUUUGUAAUGAUGAGCUUAACUACUCUCAACAUUCGAAUUUGUCUUGUUUGAAUGAAAUUGUACAAAUACGCAACACUUCCGGUGGUGUGUAUGUUGUGACGAAAAGAAAAGUAUUUCAUGCUUCGGUUCAUAGGCAGUGCCCAUACAAGAUGGAUGAAACUACAUUCAGGCUGUCAUUCACUGCAUGUGUGUGUGACAUUGAUGAGGAUGAUUAUUUCAUCAAUGCAGAAGCUAGCUCUAUUGAUCAUUUAAUUUUCUUAACAAAGAAUAAUUUUAUUUAUUCAACAGGCUGGAAUAGUCAUGGAAUGCUUGGGAAUGGUACCACUCAAAGCAAAUACAAUAUUGUUUCAAAAGUAAGAAACACACCUCAUGAACGAAAUGAUGCUGUUCGGAUGAAACAAACGCUCACAAUGCCACAACAUAUUGGUCAAUUUUAUCCUGCCACAGCGACCAUUGUUUAUUCCUUGUUGAAUGGGAAAAUUUUAACUUUUCGUGAAAUUAAUUUUGAAUUUGACAGAAAUGAAUUGGCUUACCAUGAAACUGAAUUGGGUACAUGUGACCAUCGAUGUUUCAACAGCUUUGUCCACACCUCUAGAAAUGUUAUUUUAUUUCAUGUAGGCACCAUUUGUGCCAAGGAAGCAUUUACUUUGCUUUAUAACAUGGCAAAACUUGAGAAAUUUACGGAUGUUGUUGUUAAUUCGAGAGAUUAA